CUUACCUUUAUCAGUUUAAUAAAGAUUGUUAUAACCAUGUCGGACAAGAAUCAGUCUGCUAAAAAGUCAUUGGAAGUAAACAAAAGUCGAGCAAAUAAGCAGUUUGCCGCCACAGCUGUAUUCCUUGCUGUAUUUUAUGCUUUGAGCAAAUCUUUACCAUUAGACUCGACACAGCUCACAUCACCAACAGAACGCCUGACAUAUACAAUAAGAUGGCUAUUCCUAUCUUCAACGACAAUCAUGUUUGCUAUGUUUGGAGUGUUGAAUGUUCGUGGGAAUACAGACGCCAUUGAUCCAUUGAAUGGGGGCUCAGAAAAUUUGGUUGAACUUCCGAAUCGAAUUCUACGGAAUACAAUAGAACAAUUCAUACUUCAUGCAUCAGCGGUUUUGACCCUCUCGACCUUUAUGGACGAAAACAGUAUGAGAAAUAUUCCACUUCUGGUCAUAUUGUUUAUUAUUGGAAGAUUGUUCUAUGCCAUUGGAUUUAGUUCUGCACCGAUGAACAGAGCAUUUGGGUUUAGCAUUACAUUCAUGCCUACAUUUGCAACCUAUGCGUAUUGUGCGUACCGUGUCGUAUCUUCAUUUGUAUUUUAAUACGAACAUGACAAUUUCUCUAUUUUGUAACCAUUAAAUGUCACUAGAUCGGCUUCAUAGUAUAAUAGCAUUGUAGCUUUUAGUCUUUUAUAUCCCAUAACAUUUAUAGUCUAAUAAAUAUGCUUACCAGAUA